UUCGUAAAUAUAAUCGUUUUUUGUUAAUAUGUUAUCAUUGCAGAACUGAAAAUGGCCGACGCAAGCGAAAAACUAAGUACGAAUCAGUUAUUAAAUACACAAAAGUGUUCAGAAAAUUUAAGAGAAAUACUAAGUACGAAUCAGUUACUAGAUACACAAAAGUGUUCAGAGAAUUUAAAAAAAGUUACACCAUGGCUGAUGUAUUUCUGUGCAUUUUCAGCUGACUUACCCCUGAUAACUCUAGGAAGCUGUUUUGUUUGGGGAUCACCAGCGAUUCCGAAACUAAGAUCAAAUGACACAAAAAUCAACCCCCUAGGAGAAGCCAUCACUCCAUUUCAAACUUCAGUAGUUGUUUCAGCUUCAGAAUUUACAAUGAUAUUUCUGUUAUCGGUAAUGGCUAAGGUGUCUAAUCUACUAGGACGUAGAAAAUGUUUAAUAAUACACUCAAUUUUAUUUGUUAUCUUUUUAAGUGCAGUUGCGAUGGCUAGAAGUAUAUAUGUUUACUAUAUAUUUUUCUUGCUAAAUGGGAUGAAUUUGGCAGGUGUAAUUGUUAACUCCACGAUUUAUAACAGUGAAGUUGCAGAUGAUAAAAGUCGAGCAUGGAUGGGUGUCAUAGAUGGUCUAUGUCUGCCUCUUGGUACUUUACUAGGCUUUAUUUUUGGAUCCUUUACAAGCAUAAGAGUAUAUUCGUUCCUCUGUGCCACUCCUGCCUUAUUUUAUCUUUUACUAUCGUUUUAUACCGUUGAAUCUCCCAUGUACCUAUUAUAUAAGAAUAAAGAUGACGAAGCAUUAAAAGUUUUAAAAGAUUUAAGAAAGCAUAAAACCAUGGAUGAGAUUCAGUCUGAGUUUAAAAGGAUGAAAGAUUUAUCUAUAGAGGCCAAUCACCAAAGAAAAAACUGCGACAUUUUUAGUACUAGUUCAUCGAGAAAAGCAUUAUUUAUUGCUUUAUCAUUAUGUUUCUUUCAGCAAGUAACUGGUGUAUCUAAUAUUUUAGCUUACGCUGGUACCAUAUUUACUGAAGCCGGUGCUUCGGUUUCUGGUAAUACAGUCAGUAUUUUGAUGGGUACUAUGCAGGUGGUUGUUAAUAUAAUGGUAGUUUCUUCAGUUAACAAAAUAGGUAGAAGGCGACUUGUUCUUGCAUCUGCACUUGGAUGUUCUUUAUCAACGUUUACUUUAGGGAUAUAUUUUUAUUUAAAAAGCUAUUGUUCAGUUGAUAAUUUCAACUGGUUGCCUGUUGUAUGUGCUUUAACGUUUAUUGGUUCAUAUGCGCUAGGACUGGGACCUAUUGUUCCAUCUUACAUGAGUGAGCUAUUUCCUAGCGAAGUGAGGGCAAUGGGUGUAGCCAUUGCUACUACAUUAGAGGCAAUUAUAGCCUGUUCCGUUAACUUUGGAUUUCCACUUUUGAUGGGACAGCUUGGAAUUUAUGGUUGUAUGUUCAUAUAUAGCGGAUUUACCUUGACAGGAUUUCUUAUAUUAUUUUUAAUUGUUCCCGAAACAACAGGAAAGGGUUUUAACGAAAUACAACUACUUCUAAAGAAGAAAUUGAUACAAAAUAUUAUAAAAUUGUAAUUUAAUUUAUACUAAGUAUAAAUUUUUUUGCUAGUUUGCGUUUUAUCUUCACAUUUCUAACUAAUAUACUAACUAAUAUACUAAUAGUAAUAUAGUAACCAGUAAUAAUGUCUUAGCGGUCAACACUGAAUGUCUAAAUUUUUAUCCUGUUCAAGACACUGAAAUAAUUAUAGCCAGCAAAAAAUUAAAAAAUAAGAUGACUUCUGGACCUGAUAAAAUACCCUCUUUUUUUAUUAAAGAUUGCAUGGGUGCUUUAACUAAGCCAUUAUUAAAAAUUUUCAAAUUGUGUUUAUUAUACAAACAGUAUCCAAGUAUCUGGAAGGAAUCAAAGGUAUGUCCUGUUUAUAAAAAUGGGGAAAAAUGUUGUGUAGAAAAUUAUAGGCCCAUAUCUAUUAUAUGCAAUUUAUCCAAAAUUUUUGAAAUCAUACUUUAUAAUCGUAUAUACUCUUUCACUCGUUAUCAAAUUUCGCAAUAUCAGCAUGGAUUACAUGGAUUACAGCAGUUAAAAACUUAUUGGGAAUAACACAGUACAUAUCUGAAGCGUUGGAUAGGAGAUCCCAAGUUAACGUUAUAUAUACUGAUUUUUCAAUUUGGUCAUUUUGGUUUUUCUAAAGAUGCUGUCGCUUUCAUAAAAUCCUAUUUGUCUGGUAGAACUCAAUGUGUGUCUUAUAAUGGUUAUAACUCUCACAAAUACAUACCUUCAUCUGGAGUCCCACAAGGAUCAAAUCUAGGCCCACUCUUGUUUGUGUUAUUUAUUAAUGACUUAUGUAAGAAAAUUUCUGUACCCUGUUUGUAUUAUGCAGAUGAUUUAAAAGUUUACUUAGAAAUUAACGAUAUCAAUGAUUGUCACACUAUCCAGAAUGAACUGAGUGGUGUGCAUGAAUGGUGUAAAGAAAACUAUUUAAAUCUUAAUGCAAAUAAAUGCAAAGUUGUAAGUUACUCAAGGAAACAUAAUAGUAUAAACUAUGUUUAUGCUAUUGAUGGUAGCGAACUGGAACAUGUGAAUAAAAUUAAAGAUCUUGGCAUAAUUUUCGACUGUUAACUUUCAUUUACUGAACAUAUAUCUUUAAAAGUUUCUGAAGAACUUAAAUCAUAUGGAUUUGUAGUCAGAAAUAGCCGAAAUAUUACUAACAUAAAAACUGUCAAAUUACUAUAUUUCUCUUAUGUACGUUGUAAAUUAGAAUAUGCGUCUAUAAUUUGGUCUCCAUUUUAUAAUUCACAUGUUCAGUUGAUUGAGAAGGUGCAGCGUAAAUUUUUGAAAUAUUUAUCAUUUAAGAUUAACGGCAUAUAUCCAGAGAGAGGUUACAUAAAUAGUGAGCUGUGUAAUAGUUUAGAUAUGGUUUCAUUAGAAAUGAGGCGAAAUUGUGCUUCACUAAUAUUUUUAUUUAAAUUGCUGCAUAAUUUAAUUGGCUGCCCCGAUAUUCUCAAACAAAUAAAUUUUAAUGUACCUUCUUAUCCUGUUAGAAAUGUUUCCACGUUCAGAACUACACAAGCCAGAACGAACCUGAUAUUAAACUCCCCCAUAUUUGUUAUGUGUGAAAAUUAUAAUUGUUUGGUAAACUAUUGUGAUAUAUUCAACAGUAGUAUAAGUCAACUUGUCAGAAUGGCUAAGUCUCAUUUGAAUUCUUAAUUCACUUGGUAAUUAUCUUUUCUUUUUUCUUUUCUUUAAAAUUUAAAAUUUAGUUUAUAAUUAGUGUAAAAUUGUCUAUAAAUGGAUACCUGUUGGACAAUAAAGCUAUUAUUUAUUUAUUUA